ACGAACGCCUCUGCCUCCCGGGGGCUGAACUUCAGCUGGAAAACAGACCCCAGCUGGAAAACAGACCCUGGCUGGAAGCGCUUGCUUCCAGACCUGUCUUGAAACCCGCUGUAUGCAGCAAAGUUUCUUCCUCCCUCCCAGUAGGGGGUAGGUGGGAAAAGGGUCCUGGAUUCUGCAGUUUCGCCCUCCUUUGGACCCCCAUUCCCGGAACCCGGCAGGGCUGGCACAGGCUCCACUACACUGUCUCCUGAGUCAAAGCAGCUCCUGGCUCUUCUGCUCACAGGGAAAAAAAUCCGACAACCUUUUAAAGCCUCAGAAAAGCAGGAGGUGCAUUGGAAAACGGGUGAUCCUGGGAUUUAUUAUUUUUGAGAGUCUCAUCAUUUUGGGCCUGACUCACGGCUUUUGAAUGUUUGGGACAGACAGCAGAAGGGAAGAGUAGGUUUGCUCAGCACAGGCACCAGGGUCAGGACUGUGCAGUGACAAGGCGACGGAGGGGGCUGUCGCCCUGUUUCCAGUCCCUCUCCAUCCUCGCCGGGUCUCGCAGCUGCCCCCGGACCUGGCACGACAGGGACGCUGGACAGACCCUGACCCCUGACGCCCCGGCAUGGCGCAGGAUGUAGCCCCGGUCCUGCUGGUUGUCCUCACCAGGUUGGUGUCAUCCACGUGGCACGAAGGUUCUGGCUACUAUGCUGCUGAGAGCCACACCAAUGAAGUGUAUGUGGAAGAGCCCCCCCCAGAGCCUGCCUUGGACUACCGCCGAGUGCCCCAGUGGUGUGCCACACUCAACAUCCACCGUGGAGAGGCCACCUGCUACUCACCUAGGGGAAGCUCCUACCGCAGCAGCCUGGGGACACGCUGCGAGCUGAGCUGUGCCCGUGGGUACCGACUGGUGGGGCCCAGCACUAUCCAGUGCCUGCCCAGUCGCCACUGGUCUGGGAUGGCAUACUGCCGACAAAUCCGGUGCCACGUGCUGCCAGCAGUGCUUCAGGGCUACUAUGUCUGCUCGGAUGGCAUGCAGAUGGAUUCCCGCUGUGACUACACCUGCCUGCCUGGAUACCAGCUGGAGGGUGACCGGAGACGGAUCUGCAUGGAAGAUGGGCGCUGGAGCGGCAGCGACCCAAUCUGUGUAGAUAUGGAGCCUCCCAAGAUCCGCUGCCCAGACUCCCGGGAGCGGAUAGCUGAGCCGGGCAAGCUGACUGCCACCAUCUACUGGGACCCACCUCGUGUGAGGGACUCUGCUGAUGGCAUCAUCAAAAGGGUGUUGCUGCGGGGUCCGGAGCCCGGCUCCGAAUUCCCUGAGGGGGAGCAUGUGAUCCGCUACACUGCCCAUGACCAGGCCUACAACAGAGCCAGCUGCAAGUUCAUCAUCCGUGUCCAAGUCAGGCGCUGCCCUGUCCUGAAGCCCCCGCAGAAUGGCCACCUGUCCUGCACCUCUGAUGGCAACAACUACGGUGCCACCUGCGAGUACCUGUGUGAGGGGGGCUACGAGCUCCAGGGCACCUCCCUGAGGGUCUGCCAGUCCACCCAGCAGUGGACGGGCUCCCAACCCCUCUGUGCACCCAUGCAGAUCAACACAGCUGUGAACUCAGCUGCCAGCCUGCUGGAUCAGUUCCACGAGAAACGCCGCCUCCUUGUCAUCUCGGCCCCUGACCCCUCCAACCGCUACUACAAGAUGCAGAUGUCCAUGCUGCAGCAAACUGCCUGCGGGCUGGAUCUGCGUCAUGUCACCAUCAUCGAGCUGGUGGGGCAGCCACCACACGAGGUGGGACGCAUCAGGGAGCACCAGCUGUCCUUUAGCCUGAUUGAGGAACUCAGGCAGUUCCUGCGCCUCACCCGUGCCCACUUCAACGCGGUGCUGCUGGACAAGGCGGGCACCGACAGGGAGCGCUACAUCUCCCCUGUCAACCCCGAUGAGCUCUUCGUCUUCAUCGACACGCACCUGCUGGGAGAGAGGGAGGCAGCGCAGCGGGAGCAGAGCGGGGACCCCUGCGAGUGAGGCAGUGCCGGGGAGACCCCCCCCUCUCUGCCACCACCAACCUCCCAAUGGACACCUUCCUUUUUGCUUUUCUAGUCGCCCACUCUAGAGGAGGACCAGGGAGCUGAGGACAUCCAGGGGAAGGGGAGCCCCACUCCAGCCCCUCUGGCACAGUGGGGACAGGGGCCAUGUGCAGCAGUGUCCCCGCUACCCAGCAGCCAGCUGUGGGGUGGGAUGGCUCAGCCCAACCAGGAUCACAGCAGGAGCCACAAGAGCAUCACUGCCAGACCCCAGGGCAGAGGUGAGACAGGGAUUCAGAUGAGAGCAGAGUGGACAUGGCAGGCAGGGCGACAGCAUCUAAUGUAGCAGCUUCACCCUCACUGCAGCCAUCCUCACCCCCUGCACAACCUAAACCCUCCUACUCUGGCACUGCUGCCAGGGCCCUGCCCCAGCUGCCAGAAAGCCUUUAGUAAAAGCUAACAGCCAGUGAACAGCCCACCCUGAGAGCUCACCCUCCCCACCCUACCCUUCACCUCCCCUUCCACCAGCUAUGGGGCAACCCUUCCUGGGAUCUGUUUUGGCAGUAGAAUAUUAACUCAAAUUAAAGAUAUUUGUAUAAAAGUCA